GCCGAGCAGACAGCAGCAGGCGAUGAAAGAGACUGGGUGGAGCACCAACAUGCAGCACUUGAUGGUUCAGGCCCUUGUCAUGAGGCAGUUGGGAAGGUUAAAUCCCCGGCACCUAGUGGCUGCUGGUUAUGGACUCCGACACACGGAAUGGUGUCCCAGGACAAUCCACACACGACAACUGUGGGGCUGCUCUGUGGUCCCUGCACUCAACUGUCAUAGACCUACCUUUCGUAGUAGAGAUGCUUUUAGGAGUUGGGCUGUUCAUCAUUUAAGGUUUAAAAGUAGCAAGAAAAAGGGCUUCAGUCGAACUGGACAGGUUGAGGAGGAGGAGGAAGAAGAUGAAAAAGACCCAGAGGAAAGUGAUGAAGAAGAUCUGGAGGACCCAAAUAUGUCUAAAGACUACAAAGAUUUGGAGAAAAACGUUCAGUCUUUUCGUUUUGAUGUUGUAAUGAAAGCUGGAUUGGACAUGGCACGAAACAAAAUUGAAGAUGCAUUCUACAGCAAUAAGUUGAGACUAAAUGGACAGAAACUGAUCAAGAAAAGUAAAACAGUAAAAGUCGGAGACACCUUAGACCUUGUUCUGUCAGAAAAUCGAGACACCAACACUGUUACAUUGAUGAGAAUUGUUCUUAGGAAAGUUUUAGCUGAGACCACCAGUACAGAGAAACACAAGGUUGCAUUAAGGCGCUGGAAAUCUCUUGAGCUUCCUAAAGAGGAAGCUUUAAAAUCAUGAACUUUGCUUGGGACAUGUCAGACUCUGAUUCAGUUAUGAAAAAAUGAUGGAUGGAACUUUUAACCUUGUAUAAGGAUGGAUCUAUAUAGUUGCAUGCACAGUGCUGCUAAUUUUGCUGUUGUACAGGUAACUGUGUGCUAAUAAAGAUUUUGAAGUCAUUGUGUUAAGGAAA